UUUGACAAUUACUGAAACAUGGCGUUUGGCACAAUGACGUCUUUACUUGGCAUGAUCCCAUUACUGGCGAUCGGCAUGAAUUUCUAUCGCUAUCAAAGCGUCGAUCCCGAGAACAAAGUCCAGGAGCCAACAAUCAUACGUCGGCAAUAUGAUUUCGUGGUCAUUGGCGGCGGCUCGGCGGGCGCUGUGGUGGCGAAUCGGCUGAGCGAGGUGCGCAACUGGACGGUGCUGCUGCUGGAGGCGGGCGGCGACGAGACUGAGAUAUCGGAUGUGCCGGCGCUGGCGGGCUAUCUGCAGCUCACCGAGCUGGACUGGAAGUACCAGACGACGCCGUCGUCGACGCGCCAGUACUGCCAGGCGAUGAAGGGGGAUCGCUGCUUCUGGCCGCGCGGCAAGGUGCUGGGCGGCAGUUCGGUGCUGAACGCGAUGGUCUAUGUGCGUGGCUCGAGGAACGACUAUGACCAUUGGGCGUCGCUGGGCAAUCCGGGCUGGGAGUACAGCACCAUGCUCAAGUAUUUUCUCAAGUCCGAGGAUGUGCGUAAUCCUUACUUGGCGGCGACGCCUUAUCAUGAAACUGGCGGCUAUCUGACGGUGCAGGAGGCGCCUUGGCGCACGCCGCUCUCCAUUGCUUUCCUGCAGGCGGGCAUGGAGAUGGGCUAUGAGAAUCGGGACAUCAAUGGGGCCAAGCAAACGGGCUUUAUGCUCACCCAGAGCACCAUUCGGCGCGGCUCACGCUGCAGCACGGGCAAGGCGUUCAUACGCCCCGUGCGCCUGCGCAAAAAUCUCGACGUGCUGCUGCACGCAGAAGCGACGCGCCUGCUGCUCGACAAGCACAAGCGCACGGUGGGCGUGGAGUACAUGAAGGGCGGACGCAAGCAGCUCGUCUUUGUGCGGCGCGAGGUCAUCGUUAGCGCCGGCGCACUCAACUCACCCAAGCUGCUCAUGCUCUCGGGCAUUGGUCCGGCCGAGCAUCUGCAGGAGCACAACAUAGCCGUCGUCUCGGAUCUGCCGGUGGGCAACAAUAUGCAGGAUCAUGUCGGGCUGGGUGGACUCACCUUCGUUGUCGACGCACCGUUGACUGUGACGCGCAGUCGCUUCCAGACCAUCCCCGUCUCCAUGGAGUACAUCUUCAGGGAGCGCGGUCCCAUGACCUUUUCGGGCGUCGAGGGGGUGGCCUUUUUGAAUACCAAAUACCAAGAUCCCGCCGUCGACUGGCCCGACAUGCAGUUCCACUUCCUGCCCAGCUCCAUCAACUCCGACGGCGGCGAGCAAAUACGCAAGAUUCUCAAUCUGCGCGAUGGCUUCUAUAACACCGUCUAUAAGCCGCUGCAGCAUAGCGAGACUUGGUCCAUUCUGCCGCUGCUGCUGCGCCCCAAGAGCAGCGGCUGGGUGCGGCUCAACUCGCGCAAUCCGCUGCAGCCGCCCAAGCUCAUUCCCAACUACUUUGCCCAUCAGCAGGACAUCGAUGUGCUGGUCGAGGGCAUCAAGCUGGCCAUCAAUGUGUCCAACACUCAGGCCUUCCAGCGCUUCGGCUCGCGACUGCACAACAUUCCGCUGCCAGGCUGUCGUCAUCUCGCCUUCCAGUCGGACGCCUACUGGGCCUGCUGCAUCAAGCAGUUCACCUUCACCAUUUACCAUCCGGCGGGCACUUGUCGCAUGGGUCCCAGCUGGGAUGCCGGCGCCGUCGUCGAUCCCCGCCUGCGUGUCUAUGGCGUCUCCGGUCUGCGUGUCGUCGAUGCCAGCAUUAUGCCCACCAUUGUCAAUGGCAAUCCCAAUGCUCCGGUCAUUGCCAUUGGCGAGAAGGCCUCCGACAUGAUCAAAGAGGAUUGGGGCGCGCGUCGAGCCGCCGCACCCGCGCCCGCCCCCGCCGGCUAACUUGGCUAACUCCCACUA